CGACUCCUUGCUCCCCUGCUGCCCACGCCUGCGCGUGCUAAGGCUAAAGUUCAAUGACCGUUGGGGCCACUACCGCAUCAGAACCUUCAUGUCACUCCACUCCACGUCGCUGCAAGAGCUUUGUGUGGAUGUCGAGAACGCUUUUCGGGAGGUCAACAUCUCUAUCUUGGCACCAAUGCUUGAGAAGCUCUCAUGGAAAUGUUCCUAUUCCUUUAUUAACUUUGGUCCUUGCAGAAUUGCAAAGUUGUGGCUGCAGAAGGCGGAGAGACAAGGAGAGCUCCCUUCAUUGCUCAUCCAUGCCCGCAUUAGCUCGUCCAUUGUUCAUGGUGAAGCGGGGAACUCUACGCAAGAGAUAGAGAAACAUAUGCUCGCAAAGUUCUCUGUUUUGGAGCUACAUCUCAGGCCAAAGGGACAUGCUUUUGGAGCAUUCAUGUUUCAUCUCCUUGGGAUGAAUCGGUUUUUUAGGGCGACGCAGAGGCUCAAGGUUGUCCUACAGAGAUCCGCGUUGAAGCAAGAAUGCCCACUAGAUUGUGCUUGUGACCACCCGGACUGGAGAUCCCAAACUAGCUCCUUGACCGCUCUCGAAGAAGUGGAGAUCAAUGGCUUUCAAGGACACGAUCAUGAGAUCGAUUUCUUGAAACUGAUAUUCAAAUGUGCACCGAUGCUUAGAAGAAUGAUUGUGCGUUUCUCACAUGAGGUCUUAUUUCGUGAUCAUCAUGGAUGCACACAAAUACGAAACAUCUUCAGGGAAUAUUCUUCUGUGGAAUGCUAUCUUUAUCUUAGCUCUGCCUCCGCUGCAGGUUUAGAGCAUGGCAGCGACGGGUUCCCAUCAACAUGAUUCUAAGCCUUGCAUAUUUGGAUUCAUGAUGGUAUUGACAAAGACCAAGCUUUUCAUCUGCGGACAACCUCCAUUACCUGUUCUCUCCUGACUUUGCUUUGUUGCUUC